AGGAAGACAGUGCAGGCGUAGCAUUGUUAAAGAUGGAGAUGGGGAAAGCAGUGAUGGCUGUGGUGGUGGGAGUGCUGGUUUUGGCGGCGCACUGUGAGGCGGGAAAAUUGGCGGCGUCAUUUGUGUUCGGGGAUUCUUUGGUGGAUGCAGGAAAUAACAAUUAUCUUACCACUUUAUCAAAGGCUAACAUCCGCCCCAAUGGCUGCGAUUUCAAGCCCUCUAAGGGAGCCCCAACGGGUCGCUACACCAACGGUAGAAUCAUCCCUGAUAUUAUUGCUGAUGAACUGGGAAUAGGAGGCUACGCUCCUCCUUUCUUGGCACCUUCUGCAAAGGGAUCUGCUAUAUUGCACGGUGUUAACUAUGGUUCUGGUGGUAGUGGGAUUCUUAACUCUACCGGGGCUAUAUUCGUAGGACGACUCUCAUUAGAAGUUCAAAUCGACAACUUUGUUGAAACAAGAAAAGAAUUGAUAAGCAUGCUUGGAGAGAAAGGUGCAAAAGACUUUAUAAAUAAAUCAGUAUUCUCUAUUACCAUGGGUGCUAAUGACUUUAUAAACAAUUAUUUGGUUCCAUUUGCAUCCACUGUGCAAAGAGUAUUUGUUGGCGAAGAUUCAUUUAUAGAUCAAGUGAUCAGUACAUACCACGUUCAGCUAAAAAGACUAUAUGAUUUAGAUGCACGAAGGCUGGUUGUGGCAAAUGUGGGGCCCAUUGGGUGCAUACCAUAUCAACGAACAAUUAAUCGAGUGGAUGAAGAUCAAUGUGCAGCAUUACCUAAUGAGCUAGCCCUCAAGUUCAACAAGCGUUUAAAAGAUAUAAUGAAGGAUCUUAAUGCCAAUUGUACUGGAGCAACUUUUCUCCUUGCCAAUACUUAUGACAUGGUGGAAGAUGUUAUAAAAAACUAUGCCAAAUAUGGUUUCGAGGCAUCAAACUUAGCAUGUUGUGGUCGUGGAGGACAAUUUAAAGGCAUUAUUCCUUGUGGACCCACCUCUAUUGAGUGCACAGAUCACACUAAAUACGUAUUUUGGGAUCCAUACCAUCCUAGUGAAGCAGCCAAUGUGAUUGUAGCCAAGAAGCUUAUUGAUGGUGGACCUAAUGAUAUCUACCCCAUGAAUCUUCGCAAACUCAUUAGUCUCUAAGCGCACCUCGCCUUUUUUCUUAUGUAAAAUUUGAAAUCCAAGUCAAGCUUCCACAUCAAAUCUUUAUGUAUUGAAUCAAUUUUAGUUUCUAUAUAGACCAAGUGAUUAUGAUAAGCCUAUCUAUGAAUUAUCAAUACAAGUUUCUUGAAAAAUUAAAAAGUAUUUAUUCAAUUCAUUUUUAUUCAUAUUUUCUACUUC